UUCUCCAGUGUGGAGGUAGCAUUCUCAUAAUUUAUUUUGUCAAGGGAGAAUUGAAAAUAUCUAUAAAAAUGUUAUUUUUGUCACAAUAAUAUGCAGAUAUAGAAACUCGAUUGAACAAUGGAUUCUUUCCUUCUUGGACAUGCAGUCCAGAAAAAUGGUCCAGCAUUGAUACGAAAUUUGAAAGAAGAAAAUCAACAUUUUCCAGAGAAUGUAGUUCAUUAUAUAUCAAAAUACAGAGAAAAACCUCCAGGAUUUCAGGAUCCUGAACUGAAGGAGAAGAUUUGCAGGUUUAUAUCAAAGAAAGCAGAUUAUCUCUUCAUUACACCUUCAGAAAAAGAGGAAAAAGAAAGAAAGACUUCAGACUAUGAAGAUACAUUUGCAAAGAUGCCACCUUUGGAGACCUAUAUGGGUAUCCCAGAAAUAGAAUGCAGGAAGAAUUUCUUUAAUAGUGUGGAGAAACAUGACAUAGUAAUAGGUGUGGUUUCCUCUGUAAUGGACAGUGGACUGGUCAUCACCUUAUUGUGUCUGGACAGUGGCAAAUCCCGGGAUAUUGAUCAGCUCAGAAUAUCUGCUUUUUGUCCUGUUAAAGAAUUACCAAAGCUAUUUCCAAAUCAAGAUGCUAUAGAAGGAUUUCAAGUCAGAGAUAAAGUUAGAGCUGUUGUAUUGAGUGUGAAUCCUGAGACAGAAAAGUUGAUUGUAUCAAUGGUGGAAAGAUCUUUACCAGAGAAUAAUUCAGAUGUUAAAUUGGCUUUGAUUAAUGAAGAUGAGUUUCCUGUUCAGUAUAGGAGAAAGCUUCAUAUAAGAGGUCUAACAUUUGAUGAGCUGCUACACUCUAUUCUUGGGUUCAAUAAUAGUGGCAACAUUGGUAUCAUGUUGGAAACGCUCGAUCAGGAAGAAACGUAUUCAUUAAUGAGAGGACUGAAUAGAAUAAAUAUCCCAGAAAAAGAUAUGGCAGAAAACUUGAGAAAAUACCAGUCUCAAAAGAUGGCACAUACAAGUGUUGCACAAGGAAUUACUUAUUUUAAAGCUGGGAAACAGCCUGAAGCUGUACAGUGUUUUAAUAAAGCAUUAGAUAUUGACAAGACAAAUGUUGAAGCAUUGGUUGCCAGAGGAGCAUUAUAUGCAAAUAAUGAAAGUUUUAACAGAGCAAUUGAUGACUUUGAAGAUGCCUUGAAGAUUAAUUCAGUGCAUGCAAAUGCAAGAAAAUAUUUACAUGAUACACUUCUGGCCUAUGGAAAAUCAAAUGAGGACAUAGAGAAGUAUCAAGAGGCAGAGGAACUAUAUACUAAAGCCAUGUCUUUGGAUCAAGCAUCUGUUGAAGCAAGAGAAGCUCUUAGAUUUCUGCAUUACAGACGGAGUCAAAGAAGACAAAAAGAAACCAGAAGACAGUCUAGCCCAAAAGAUGAAAGAAGGAACAAGUCUCCAGAAGGCUUUGAGCAAACAGCCAGGACGUUGAAGAAGUUAAUUAAAGGAGAAGAUAAAAGGCAAAGGAAAAAAAGGAGAAUAUCUAGAGAUAGUUCUUCAUCAUCCACCUCAUCAUCAACCUCAUCAUCAGAUUCUUCUGAUAGUAGAAGUAGUAGAGAAAGUUUGCAAAGGAGGAGAAAAGGACAUUCCAGAGAAAGAGACAGGACUCACAGAAACAGUAGUCCACCUGAGGGGGAUGUAAAUAGAGAGCCAGUGUAUGAACCAGAGGUUCAGCCACACCAGGAGUAUGGUAUUGACUUACAGUCAUCAUUCUUGUCAGGUGGUGGACAAUCUUUUUCUGACAUGUUCAGAUCUUCAUCCCAGGAGAGUGACGUGGGACCAGCACAACCAAUUCCCAAUUCAAUGCAGUAUGGCGCAAAUCAUCAUAUGUAUGGACAUCCUCCACCUAACUGGUUUGGUAUCCCUGGAGCAGAACAAGCUCAGAUUUAUAGGUACAGCAACCAGUUCACAAGUCAAGAGCAAAUGUACCCAGGAGUUCCACCGACAUAUUAUCAAAAUCAACCAAUGACAGAGGAGGGUUAUAGUGGUCAUCAAGGGAACAGCAGUAGGAGCCCAAGUAGAAGGUCUGGGAGAAGUAGAAGUGACAGAAGAAGCAGAUCUUCAAGCUUUGAAAGUAGAAGACGUAGACCAUCCAGAAGUCCAAGUUAUGAGAAAGAUCAGCAUUGGAGAAAAGAUGACAUGAGUCCAAGAAGGUCCAGAUCUAGAAGCUUGAAACAUGAGAGAGGAAGAAGUCCAUUGCCCAAAUAUAGAAAAACAACUGUUAACCUGGAGAGAAGUCCUGAUAACAGAAGAAAUGUCUCCAGGGGUGAAAGAAAUAUGUCAAACAUUCAAGGUAGAAGUCCGGAUAACAGAAGAAAUGUCUCCAGGGGUGAAAGAAAUAUGUCAAACAUUCAAGGUAGAAGUCCUGAUAACAGAAGAAAUGUCUCCAGGGGGGAAAGAAAUAUGUCAAACAUUCACGGUAGAAGUCCUGAUAACAGAAGAAAUGUCUCAAGGGGGGGAAGCAAUAUGUCAAACAUUCAAGGUAGAAGUCCUGAUAACAGAAGGAGAAAUGAUUCAAGGGAUGAAAGAAAUAUUCAGUAUAAUCAGGAUAAAAGUUACCAAGGAAGAAAUAAUUCAAUGGAUGGAAGGAAUGGUGGGUAUGAAGGUGAUAAAAGUCCUGGUUACAGAAGAAGAAACAGUUCUCAUGAAAGGACAUCAGAAUAUCAGGAGGGAAGACACAUAAUGAACAAAAGUCAAACAUCAUGGAGUGGAAGUCCAGUCAACUUUGAAGGUUCAAGGAGAAAGAUCACUGAUGAUAGAGGCAGAAGUCCAACAGAUAUCAGGAAUGUAAGAAGAGGCAGAAGUCCAUCAGAAUCGGGAGAUUUUGAAAGAAGGAGUCCUGCAAAUACUUCAAGUUCUAACAGAUUAGAGAGGUGGAGCAUGAGUCCAAGAGAUAAUCAACAAUAUAAAAUAGAUGAAAAUGUUGAAAGAGAAAUAUCUUCAAGAAGAUCAUUUGAAAGGGAGCCAAAGGAAGUUGAGAAUAGGGCAGAAAGCAUUGAAUUAAAUAAGGAAGAGCAGUCAACAGAACUUCAGAAGCUACCAGAAGAUUUAUCAAAGAAUGAAAACAGAAGUAAAACAAAAUCAGGAAAGAAGAAAAAAGGGCUCACUGAUGAAAAAGUAAAAUCAAAAAAGAAAAGAAAAGAAAGUGGCGAAACUAAGAAGAAGGUGAAGAAAAAGUUAGCAAGCAAUCAGGGAAAAACAUCAGGAGAAAUUACAUUGAAAAACGAAGGAACCUCUGAAGUGGAUUAUAUUGGCUCUUCAUCUGUAGGAGAUAUUCGUCGAGUUGUUCCCAAGGAGUCAUCUAAUGAUCAGCCAUACAGUAGUAAGCUUUUAAUUAGAAAAGAUGAUGGAGAAAUUAAGAAUCGCCCAAAGAAAAGAAAAGAGCAUGAAUUUGUCAAUCAGCUUGUGAAAUCAAAAUGGGAUGAUAGUCCAGGUGAAAUGAGAAAUUCCCCAGCAGUGAAACAGUCUAGAGAAGAUUUAUCCCAAGUUUCUAAUUAUUCUAAACAAGAUUAUGAUGCAAAAGAUAGAUUAAGAAGAAGCAAUUCAAGGGAAUUUGAAGGAAUUCGAAUUCAUAUUACAAAUGACCAAUUUGGAAAACAGACUGAAAAGAAAGAAGAUGUUGGUGUUGUAGAAAUGUUCCAUAUUAAUGAACAACCAGUGAUUGAUAGUAGUAAAAGUAUAAAGUCAGAUUCAGAUAGUAAAGCUUCAAAACCAAAAGGUGCAAGUAACAUUAAAUUAUCUAAAAAUAAUAGUGAACUGAAAGAAAUAAAAAAAGAAAAUCCCAAACCUAUUGCAUCGGGUGAUAACAAAAGGUCUUACAGAAGGAGAAGUCUAUCUCCAUCUCAAAAAUCCAAGUCUAGAUCCUUAUCAAGACCAAGAUCACAACAUAGAACAAGAUCUAGAACAAGGUCAAGAUCAAGGAAACGAUCAAGACAUAGAUCAAGGUCAAGACCCCCACAAAGAUCUAGAUCAAGAUCAAGAAAGCGGUAUUCAAGAUCUCCAAGGAGAUCUUACAAGAGGUCACCGCCCAUGAGAAAAUCUGGAAGAGGUUUUGCAAAAACACGCCCUGUAAUAAUGGGUAGGAAUAAGUUUACAGACUCAAAAUCGCCCUCUAUAUCACCAGGAAGAAAAGUGGCAGGUUUGAAAACUAGAUCUAAAUCUCCAAAGAGACAUAAAUCAUACAGUUCAUAUAGAGGUCGUGGUCAAGGUUCAUAUAGAGGAAGUAGUUACAGAGGUAGAGGAAGCUGGAAGUCAUCAAAAGGAUACAGACCUCACAGGUCUAGAUCAAGAUCUCGUGGAAGAUCUCGUUCAAAAUCACGCAGUCGUAGGUCUCAUGAAAGAAAAUCAAGAUCUCCUCAUAAUAGAGGUCAUUUAAAAGAUCGUGACCAUAAAACUCCCAAUCCUAAAGAUGAUGUCAAACAAAAAAAUAAAGGUAAAUUUGAUAGUGAAAAAUUCGAUGAACUAGAAGACUUUUAUCAUAAAUUAAAAGAAAACAAAAAGAAACAGACAGAAACAAAGUGAAUGUGAACAAUGGACAUGAUGGAAUUUUAUAAAUCAAUUGUUGUGGAUGUAAAUUGUAUAUGAUAUUAGAAUAAUACUGUAAAAACUACAAAACUUAUAAUAGUGCUCUUAGAAUGGCAGCAAUAUUCUGUUUCAAUACAGAGACUUGGUAUGAUUGCCAAUGAGAUAACUAUCAACCAGAGUACAAAUGUACAUGUAGCAAUUGUAGACCACAGUAUGGCCUUAAACAAUGAAAAAAACAUACUGUGUAGUCUGCUCUAAAAGGCCCUGACAUGAAAAAUACAAUAAUUCAAACAAUAAAUCUAAAGGCCAAAUUUAUAACAGUACAAUUUAUGAAAAACAAAUAUGACAUAUGAACCGAUGACAACCACUGAAUUACAGGCUCCUGACUUGGGACAGUGUGGCUGGGUUAAACAUAUUGGUGAGUGCUCUACCCUCCCUACAACCUUGGACAGUGAUGUAAAAGCACAUCAUAUGAAGAACAAACUGUGAUCAAAGUGGAAAGCACUUGAAAAGGCAUUUGCUGUAUACUAAGAAAUAUGAAUGUGUGAAAGAUUAGUGUUCUUUCUUUAAGAACAAGUACAAGAUUAGUUCUGUUAUCACAAGUCAAGAAUUAAAUUUCAUACCAAAUAUUACCAGUAAAACAAUUAUCAUUUAUGUUAAAACACUAUUACCAGUAUAAAAUAUAAAAUACAAUGAUCUAUUGACACUUGAUAAUUAAACAAACGUGGUGUCGUAAA